AUGGUAAUUUUCUGUAAACCGAGAGCACACAUUGUCCACAAGAAGCUUCCUGCUGGUCAAGGGAGAUAUCAGGUCAGGAUGGUUCCAUAUCAGGAUGCUGAGUUCUCCCAGCCCUUCACUGGAAGUGUGAAUGUAGAGCUCAACCAGCAGAUGUUUCUGGAAAUUCGUGUAGAGGGGGUUGACAGCCGUCAGUUUGCCACAGUGAUUGACACAUGUUGGGCGACACCUGAGAAUGAUCCUCAUCACUCUGUCCGCUGGGACCUCAUCAGCGGAGAGUGUCCCAGUCCAAAUGAUGACACAGUGGAGCUGCUGCAGAAUGGAGUCUCCACAUCCAGCCGUUUCUCCUUCAGUAUGUUUGUCUUCACUGCAAACUCCACUAAGGUUUAUGUGCACUGUACUGUUCACAUUUGCCUUCUGAUGGGAAACCACUGCUCAACUCACUGUGACUCUGGAUACCACUGGAGAGAGGGCAGGUCUGCGGAAUUCCAUGACAGUGCUUCCAUUUCCAUGGGUCCCCUGAUGUCGUCUGAAAGGAACCAAGGUAUUUGGGCCCCAGAACAGCAGAACAUAUCCACGGCUUAAGUGUCUGUGCGGUUCUUUGAUUAUAUUAUUUGUUUCUCUGCUAAGUGUUUUGAUCUUUUUGUUUAAUAUUUCACUGAUUGAAAUAUUUCUGCAAAGAAUACUCAUUGUUUUAUAUACAUCUCAUCUCUUUCAAAAUGAAUGUCUUACUGAUGCCACACUCCUACAAGCUGGGUUUCUCAUUGUUAAUUAUGC